GUGUACAUGUACUCACAGAAAAGAACAAUUGUGGGUGCCUGUUUGUGUGUGCACAUGAGAAAAGUCGGUCUAUGUUGUGUGCAUUCUUUCUCUGUGUGUAUGGCAGCGAGGGGGUGUUGAUUUAUGUGUGAGUUCUCUCAUUGAGUUGAACAGAGCAGUAAGAGUCUGGCCUCAGCAGCCCCUGAUCUGAGCCCCAUCUCUCCGCUCCAUUUGCAUUCACUGGCUAAAGCUGGCUGGCAGGGCAACACUCGCAACUUUCUGUUCCAGGCUUUGAACCGUUCCAAAAGUUUUUAUUGACUUGGAGUGGAGGGGACAGAAAGAGAGAGAGAGAGUGGAGAGAGGAGAAGAACAAGAGGAAGAAGACAAAGAUAAAGUGCAACUAAAACCUUAGACUUCCACAGGAACAGGGGAACAGGUGCUAAGCCGAAAUAACCGAAGCUGGAGGCAGGCUCUCUAGGGGUCAUGGAUAUCAGGAUGCAACGAGACGAGGCAUCAGCCCAGGAAGUGUUCAGCUACGCCCAGAUGUCCACCCUGGAGCGAAACAGUGGGGUAGGGACUCUAAGUCGGCAUCUGGAGCGGGAGAGGUUGGAGAGAGACAGCUACACGGUGGAUGUGAGGGCCAGUGACCUGCAGCUGGAUCGGCCUGGGCCAUUACAUCCCUGCUUUAGCUACAGAAUCUGGCUGUACAGCGUUGUCAUAGGGAGCAGCUUGCUGAUAGCGGCAGCUUUCUCUCUCUAUAUGGGUAAUGUGUUUCCAGCUGCAAUGGACUACCUGCGUUGUACUGCUGGAUCUAGUAUUCCAGCUGCAGUGGUGAGCUUUGCUAUUGCCAAGAACAGACAAGUUGCAGUCUCAGACUUUCAAUUGGUCUAUGUGUCCUCCUUUGCUGUGACAACCACGUGUCUGGUGUGGUUCGGAUGUAAACUCGCCAUCAAUCCCUCAGCCAUCAAUAUUAACUUUAACCUGCUCCUGCUUAUUGUGCUGGAAGUGCUCACGGCUAGUACUGUUAUCCUAUCAGCUCGCUCAGCGGAGGACUGUUGCAGACACUGCAAGCCAGUGUCUGAUGGCCCUGUGGUUGUGACCCCAGCUUCGUUCCCCACACGUCUUCUCAAGGCCUAUGCCGUAAUUGAGGUUAUACUGGGCAUCGCCGCUGUAUUCGGAGGAAUUAUUGCUCUCAAUUUGGGUGCUCUCCUCCCAGAGCCAUACCUUUCUGUCACUUUCUUCUGGAUCCUGGUAGCUUGUUUCCCCAGUGCCAUUGCCAGCCAUGUGGUGGCAGAAUACCCCAGCAAGAGUCUGGUGGAGAUGCUGAUUGCUAUAAGUAGUGUGACAUCACCACUGCUUUUCUCUGCUUCUGGAUUCUUGUCCAGCAGUGUGAUUAAUUUUAUUGAGAUCUUUAUGCAUGAAGUGACAUUAGUCAAGACAUAUGACAUACUGCUGCUUGUCCUGAUGGGACUGCUGCUGGUGCAGGCGGUGCUGAUGUUAGCCACCGUAAUAAAGUGUGCUUCCUACAAGAGCCAGCUCCGCAUGGGACGUACUGAAUGGGACACGCUACAGAAAAAGCACUGCGAGCAACACACAUCAAAUGGCACACUAAGGGAUUUUGACAAAGAAAAGGCCUGGAAAGCAGUGGUGGUCCAAAUGGCCCAGUGACCAAAGAUACAGGCAACAGAAGGAAACGCAGUACACUGAGAAAAAAAGUCAAUGUACAAAUAUGGAAGAUAUGAGAAUGUCAGUUGGAAGAGCAUCACUUUUCGGGGUAUGAAACUUAAGAGUUCUGUCAUCUGCUACAUUUAAGAGUCGGACACCACCGGUUAAAAGUUUGGGGUUGGGAUUUUAUAGUAAGAAUUUUUUUUUUUACGAAAUUUAUACUUUUAUUUAGCAAAGAUAUAUAAAUUGAUCUGAAAUAAAAGGAAAGACAUUCACAUUUUUAUACAAAACUAGUAGAUGUCUAUUUCAAAAACAUGCUGUUUAUUUGAACUUUUUAGAACAUUUUUUUUAAAGUAUCACAGUUUCUACGAAAAUAUUAAGCAACACAAGUGUUUUCAAAAUUGAUAGUGAUGAUAAAUGUUUCUUGAGCACCAAAUCAAUAGAAUGAUUUCUGAAGGAUCAUGUGGCAAAGAUAUUGCUGAUGAAAAUUCAGCUUUGCUAUCACAGGAAUAAAUGUAUUUUAAUAUAUAUAUGCAAAUAGAAAACAGUUAUUUUAAAUUGUAAUAAUAUUUCACAAUGUUACUGUUUUUACUGUAUUUUUAAUCAAAUAAAUGCCACUGAGUAUAAAAGACAUCCUUAAAAAAACAUAAAUUAAUUAACAACCCCAGAUUUUUAAAAUGUAGUGUCUGUCAAAGAUAUUAUUGAAUGACAGUUUAAUAUAAGUAAAGUCAAAAUUAGGGAUCGGUUUUGAAAGUCCAUUGUAAAAAUCCUUAAACUUGUGUCUCACAAUCAUGAAUAUACUAUUUCCAGUUUGAAAAUAGAAUUAUAUGUGCUGGUCAAACGACUGAGCAAGUUUAUAUGCAAAUAAAUGGUGAACACACCAUGCUUGUACAAUCCACAGCACUUUAAUGCAUUAUUUAGAAAUCCCAUAGGUUGGAUGUUGAAAGGGUAGGGGACCUAAUAUAUGAUGCAUUUAAUAAUUCUAACACACUUUAAUGGACCAUAUGCUGUUCACUACCUUGUUGCGUGCAAGCCUUUUUACUAUGUUAGAUUUUAUUUUUGUAUGAACAAUGUGCAUCUUUUGAUGUUGUUGUAGAUCAAUAAAAUUUUAAAGGCU